AUGAAACAAAUACAAAAAAAACAAAUUCAUAAAGAAGGAUCUAGAAACUUGUUUCAAAAGUCUAUAAAAUACGAUAAAAACACUUUUGUGUUUUCUGUUAAUAAUCCUGCAUUUUCUUUUUUAGAAUUACCAGAAGGAAUAUUUCAUAUCAAAAAACUUUCAGAAAUUGCAAAAUUACAGAAACAAUCUAUACUUUUUCAUGAAACAUAUUCCAAAAAAGAAUUAAAAAUGCAUAUUUUUUUGAACCCAUCAUCAUGCUUUACUUCUAAUCCUACAUAUAAUAUCUUUCAAUUUAUUCAUUUUGAUUUAGAUCUAAAGGAAUAUUCUUUUAAUGAAAAUGAGAACUGGGCAAUUAGCAGUUUUAUUGGAAUUUGUGUUCUCAACCUUAAAAAUGUAGUAGACGAAAUACUUGAACUUUUUAAUAUUUCCAAGGAGGAAGAAGAUACUCUUUUUAUACUCAAAAAAAGACAAAAUAUGUCAUCUCAAUUAACUAUGUCUAUAUUUAUGAAAAAUAACCAAAUUCCUCUUACGAAAGAUCCUUAUUCACUUGAUCUUAGAAUAUUUAUAAGCAUUAAUGUAAAUAUUGCUUCUUUUCGCGCUUUUGUUCAAAAUCGUCUUUAA